AAAAAAAAACUGCGAACCCCAGGAGAAGGACAGCGCCCAGGAGAAGUAAAACCUCUGCUAACUGUGCGGAGCAUCGUGUUGGAAAUGCGGCGUUUGUCUACGGGUGGUCGGACAUUAAAUCACAGGACAUGUCUUUUGGUUUGUUGAAGCCUCAGUGCCACACUCAGCUCCACAAGCAUGCGACAGUAGUGACAGUAUCUCUCCGUUCAGCAGCACCGUUUGAUCCAAGAGAAACGUGCCUUGUAAGGAAGCAGGAUGUUCACAGGAUCCACCAAACUGCCACCCGCUAAAACUCCCCAGCCCGAGCGGCUGGAUGAAGUGUACGCUGCCUUACGCAGAGGCUUACAGUCCUACCUGCAGGUCCACCAGCUGGAGCUGGACAGUCUGGGUCAGCAGAUCCGAGAAAACAAGAGGAAUGGUCGCCUGGGGUCAUUGUAUGAGCUUGAUAAGCAAGUGAAAUCCAUAGAGAGGUUCAUGCGCCGCUUGGAAUUCCACCUCAGCAAGGUCGAUGAGCUGUACGAUGCAUACUGUAUACAGCGGCGACUGCGUGAUGGAGCGUGUAAGAUGGUGGCGGCCUUCAACUCCGCCACUGGCAGCAAGGAGGCCAGAGAGAGCCUGAGCGAAGCCAACAAGGGCUACAGGGAGUGUACAGAGCACAUGUGCUCACUUGAGAGCGAUUUAGAAAGUCAGAUGGGGGAAUUUCAUGUCAAAAUGAAGGGCCUUGCUGGCUUUGCCCGGCUGUGUGCUGGUGACCAGUAUGAGGUACUAAUGCGUUAUGGGCGUCAACGCUGGAGGCUACGAGGACGUGUGGAAGUCAGCGCGAAGCAGAUAUGGGACAGCGAAGAUUAUAUUUUCUUGCCUCUCGUCACAGAGCUGCUGUCAAUCAAGGUGACGGAGCUGAAGAGCCUGGCCAACCACGUGGUGGUGGGCAGCGUGUCCUGUGAAAUGCUCGACCUGUUCUGCCCGCUCCCCCAGACGCUCGCCGUGGAUAUCAACGACCUCGGGACAGUGAAGCUAAACUUGGAGGUCACCUGGAGUCCGUUUGAUAAGGACGACCAGACAUCAUCCACCAGUACGGUCACUAAACGGCUGCUGUCCAAUCAGAGCCCUCCAGACACGCCCUCUAUGCGGGAGCAGGUGUUUUAUUCUCUGCUGAAGCGACAGGGAGAGAUGGAGAAUGGGACAGUCUGGUCCAACUCCUCUGAAUCCUCCGACGACUCCUCCAGUCCGGCGCUGGCUCAUCACGCUCAGAGGCUGACGGCCUCCAACAUGCUGCAGACCACUCUCACCAGUCAGCUGUCACUCACACCGCGCAAGUCCAGCGCCUCAACGCCGUCGCUCUCGUCCAACCAAGAGGAGGACGAGACAGAAGCCGGGGAGGUCUUCUCUCAGACAGAUGCGGUGCCAAACGGCCAUCUGCAGACUUCCUGCUCUCACAGCCUUGUGGGCGAGAGCAGCCCGGACUGUAAUGUGACUGACAGGGCGUCCCUGCGGUCAGCUGACCUCUCAGACACCUCAGCGGACCUGAGUUGCUCGUGCCCUGACGUCUCCUCUGUACCUCCUGUGUCGUUAGUGGAGAGAGCAGAUGUGCCUGAAUGUGGCCUCCAACAAGUGUGUGUUUCAGCAGAGGCAGUAAAGGAUGAUCCCUGCGAGGUCUCCUCUUUACAGGCUGGAGCAGAAACAAAGGACAGCACCACUGAGGCACAGGGUGAAAACCAGCUAGAAGCAGCAGGGAAACGCAGUCAGCCUCACCGGUCCAGUCCGGAGCUCAGUCAGGCAGAGGCCGCUCCUACGGUUUCUUUUCCUACUUCGUCUAGUUUCAUCCAGGAAGUUGAGACAGCCCUAGAAAGUUUUGACUUUCUCAACUGCUCUGACCUUGAUGAAGAAGAAGAGGAGCAACACGUGAAAGAUGAAGGAGAAAAGGAGCAAGGAGCGAAAGACGAAGGAGAAAAGGAAGGGAAGGAAGAGCAACGAGAGAAAGAUGAGGGAGAAAAAGAAGAGGAGCAACGAGAGAAAGACGAAGGAAAAAAGGAAGAGGAGCGACAAGAGAAAGAUGAAGGACAAAAGGAAGGGGACCAAGGAGAGAAAGACGAAGGAAAAAGAGAAGAGGAGUGUGGCCAAAAUGACAACCAACACAAUGUGGAGGAAGAAGAAAAGGAUGAAGGGAAUUUCUACUCUGGUGGAAGUGAUGACGAAGAGGAGGCAGGCGGCCUUGAGAUCCUCAUGGAAGCCCCAGAGGGAUUUAGGAACUCGGAUGAAGAUCGUUUCUCUGAAUCACAGGAGUCGAGUGUGGAAGACGUGCAGGAUUUGGGAGAGAUUGAACUACCUGAGGAUAAGGAGGAACCCAGCAAGGAAAAGGGAGAUGAACGACACGCAGAGGACACAUCACAUGAUCAAGAGGAGCGUCCCUCCACUCCCAGCCAUUUGGCCACGACUGUCUUCUAAUGACAGUGAAACUAUAGCGAACCCAUUUCUCCAGCUCUGUUCUGCUCAUGCCAUCUCCCUCCUCUCACCCCGAGGGACCAGAUGCCUUGAGGAUGUCCCACUUACUGCUCAGACAAACAAGCUCCUCCAUUACGACAGAGUUUGUGCACAUAUCUGCCUUGUUUGACAAAGAAUGAUAAACCCUGGGGUUUGAUGAUAAACCUUCAGUCACGUCUGAAAGUCACGACACAAACACACACACACACACACACACACACACACACACACACACACACACACACACACACACACACACACACACACACACACACACACACACAGCUCCCUUCAGUAGUUCUUUGUUCAUUCAACACAUGCUCUUAUCACGUUGCCUGAGUUACAGUGGGAUGCCACUUAAGUUUACACGUUCAUAAACUGUUCCUGUCAUGUGAAAAUUCCGUGUCCAAACACAUUUCAGGAGCAGCUAGAAGCGGCCUUGUUCUUGGCUUUAUUAGUGUUUUUUUUAAUGGUCUAAUAAUUUAGAAAUAAGUUUUAUAUGUUGGAGUUGUUGGAUAUCUUCAAUCCACAGAGAAGCAUACAAUCAUUUGCCGAGUUGCGUUACAAGUUACCAGUAUUUUCAGAUAUGGGAAAACUAUCGAGGUCAGGAUUUUACAGUGUUAAAUCGGCGCACAGCCCGGAGCUCUUUCUGACCAUGUGAUGUUUGUCUGAGGAUUUUCAUUGACAUGAAGUCAUUUCCAAAGCAGGAAUUCACCCUGAAAACCUACAGGAUAUUUUCAUAUUAUUCAUCAGAGAUGAGAAUUUUCAGAAAUGAAAUGUCCAAGCUGCACCAGGGCCUGAGCUAAAAAAAAAAAAAGAACGUGUUUUAUUUAUAUAUAUAUAUAUAUAUAUAUAUAUAUAUGAGAAAUUAGUAUAAACACUUUAAAGACAGCAGUUUGUGUUUCUCUCCAAAAGCUUCUCCCGGUCCAGUUUUUUCAAACACGGAAACAACCUGCAGAGUCAAACUAUAUGUAAACCUGCAUGUGUCACUGCCUCACACUGCCAGCAUGUCUGUGUAAAAAGCUCAACUGAUCAGUUUGAAGUGUGUAAGCUCGGCUCCACUCAGAGGACGCCCUCAGCUCUGUAGCUGUGUACAAAAGCUGCCUCACGGGGGCGCCAUAGUCUGUCCAUGUCAUUGCUUUCCAUUGUUCUACGAAGCCUCGUCAUUCAGAAAGUGCCUAAAGAGACAGGGAUGUAAGGAUUUAAAUGCCAGGACGGGAGAUCAGGCGAAAGAAAACAGUGUUUAUUUUCUGAAUUUCUUUUAAGAGUGUGCACAAUAAGAGAUAUUUACUGUUUCAUAUAAAAUAAUUGUAUAUGUCUUGAAAUGUUUAUGUUCAGAAAUGUUUAAACUUUAUAAAGCUUUCUUUAAAAGUAACAUGUUGUGGUGAAUGUUUUUGACUGUGACAAACUGUUGAUUAGUUGGGUAAACAUCACAAGAAUGCCCUGCACCAACCGUUGCUGAAUUUGAUAUUAGACACGCUUUAAAUUGAAGACUGUGUACAAAUUUUAAAAACAAAGACGCAAAGAAACUAGUCUGAAAAAUAAAUGCAGCCACUUUAUUCAAACAAGUUACAAGUAAAUAAAAGUGAGAGUUGAGCAGUUGUGUGUUGGCUCAUAUAAAGGAAAUGACCAUAUCAUGCUCUGACCUCAUAUUCACAGGUCAAAAAGUCAGUGUAUCAACCGUUUAACAAGCAAAAUGUUUAAAAACCAGAAAACAUUGUGAGAUAUUCAAAAACUACCAGUGUCUCAAUGUCACCAAAAACAUGUCCAUCAAAAUUUAACAAAUUGAAUCCCUCCUCCGUUACCUUUGCAAUACUAAAACCCAACAUUUACCAGGAUAAAGCAGUCGUGUCAUUUUGUCACAAAUUAAAAUCUACAACUCAGCUUUCAGUGCAAUAAAACAUUACAGAUAAAACGAUUUUAAAUAAAAAAAAGUCCAUCUCCAAACUAAUUGUUAAAUUUCUCUAAAAAUAAAUAAUGUAGACAUAUUUUAAUACAGCAUGUUAUUGUCAAACAGAAAGCAAGAUUUGCACUUGAAUUCCUUUGCUACAGAGAUGCCCCUGUUUCUGCUGGGCUGGUGGAGGCUGUGCCUGGAUGGGUGUAUAUUUGAAUGUGGACAGUAAGGACAUGUCCCCUCUAAUGUCAAGACUUUGUCCUUAACACUAUAUUUACCCAUCUCAAAUGAUAGCUGCAUAGAUCCAUAAUUGGAUCAGGAACACAGCUCCUACUACACGUGAGUCAUUAACACAUGAACAUUGGUUGUUUAACAUCACUGUUACUUUCAGGCAUCAUUUUAUCUUGAAAAUCCUGUUCAGCAGAAGCCUGAGCAGCACCGACAGACGGGCUCAGUGAGAUGUUCAGAAGCUGAUUGAAAAAUAAUACAGAAUACAUUUUUGAGUACUGAGAGUUAUGUUUCCCAAAUCAACAAACUGAAAGUAGGACAGAACCUCUGGUGAGAUCUGAAAGUGGCUCACACUCAAGCAACUUAGCUUCAAAGAGUAUUCUGUUGUAAAAUUCUCGAAUAAAUUGAUCACAUAAAAAAAUUGUAGAAUAAAACGACGCAAAGUUAUAUCAUAAUGAUCAAAGUUAUAACAUCAAACGCUAAAGGGUUUUUCAGACGAUCGAUCAAUUCCUGUACGUCAUUAAGAUGAAAUGAUUCUUAAUGGAUGUUAGAUUGUGAAUUGGACCAGUGGAUACUAUCAGUCUGAAACUUCCACACUCACACACACCAAGCACGAACAGCUCUGGUGGCCGGAUUUGGACGCCAAUGUCUCGACU